GGUUGUUUGGCAGUGCAAGAAGCUGUUUACCAUUCCGUUCAACGAUGUGAUCGGGAUACACGUCGAGAGUUGUACGCCAACAUCGUUUUGGCAGGUGGUUCAAGCAUGUUUCGCAACUUAAAGUCACGUUUGACCCGCGAAAUUGGCACAAUUGCACAAUCCACCUUCAAAGUCAAUGUGAGUGCACCACCAGAGGGUGGUAAAUACUCUUCUUGGCUUGGCGGCUCCAUUCUUGCCUCCUUGUCCACCUUUCAAAAGAUGUGGAUCACCAAACAGGAGUACAACGAAUACGGACCCACCAUUGUUCACCGAAAAUUUCUGCACGUGGUGUUUUUGGUGUAG